AUGACAACAGCCCUUGAGCCAGCUCUUGUCGACCAGACACUCGUCUCCUACCUUGUCGAACGCCUCCUCUUCGACUCUAUCCAACAAAACAGCAAAUCCACCGGCAGCUCCUUCUCACCUAUACUGCUCAGCACAAGGUUUGCUUACAUUGCUCAAUACUACCACCAUCUCACCAUGAAACAGACCCACCGCUGGCGUGGCAGAGCCAUCACCCGCCUCGGCCUUAACACCGCAUCUGGUGUCAUAUCCUACAUUUCCAACAACCGAACCCGCUUCAACAUCCUUCCCGAGCGACUCACCGAGAAGCUUGUCCUUGGUGACGAGUCUAUCGCCGAGGUCUGUCAGUUCAUCUACUGCACCUAUGUCUUACAGGGUACCGACCUGGUUGAGAUCCGAAGAGGGUUCGUGACCCUUGUCCCGGAGCCUUACCGAGAGGAGAUUGAGUUCUUGAUGGGGAUGCUGGAGAGAAAUGGUCUGUUGGAGUCGUCGCAUCUGGAGGUCGUCAUUACCAGUAACGAGUACCUCGUUGACCUGCGGCAGUCCAAAAUUCACCAUGAUGCCGCUGAUGAUUAUAUUCGGAAGCUUGAAGCAGAACGCCCACAGGACUCGAUCCGACAGCGCAAGCAGCAGCAGCUCGUCGAUGCUGUCCAAGAGGCCACGUCGACGGAUGCCAUUAUCCUCAGCUCCUGGGCACAAGGGAUCCAGAUCUCGGACUAUGACCUCGAACUGUUGCUGGUCGAACGGCCACCUGACAGCUCUGUCACCGCAACCUUAGAGUCUAACGAAAAAGGCCAGGAACAGUCAACCUCCCACCGCAGUACCGACGAGGAGCUGGUCGAGAGGCUCAUGAGGAUGACCAUCGGAAAGCAGCCCCCAUCGGGCCAGGAGCGCGUCCGCGACAUCUACGCAUUGGCGACCACGAUCAAGAAUGCUGGCUUCAGGUCUGUGGUCGCGGUCAAGCGAUAUGUCGAUGUCACCUGCAACCUCAAUCCUCAUUACGUCUGCUUCUACGAUCCGAGGACCCAACUGACCUGCCAAGUCACCCUGUACAGCCCCUCGGAUCUCAGUACUCGUAACCUCCUCCAAGCCUACGCUGAAAUCGACACCCGCAUCGAACCGUUUAUCUUUGCGGUCCAGAGGACACUGGACAACCAUGGUCGCUCCCAUGAGGCCCUGGGAAACUUUGCGGUUGCCAUGAUCGCGAUCCACUUCCUGCAGACCAAGGGUAUCCUUCCCAAGCUGUUGCAUCAGCAGGGCCGACGCGUUGACUUUGGGUUCUUUACAGGCAAGGCCGAAAAUGCGCUCCCAAAGAAUCCAUCUCAGGACUCUACAGGCUAUGCCGCUGAUCAUAAUCCUACCACUACUUCCUCAGCCCAGGCCAAGCCCAAGGCCAACAUCAGGGUCCGACAUGGUCGUAAAAAACAGCAACCACCGCAGAGCGUUCGGACUGCUUCUUCUGUUGGUGGGUCUACUGCUUCUGGCGGUACUACUUUCAGAGGAACAGCCAGUGGCCAGACUGCGACAUCUUCAGGCGUCCGGGCCAUCUCCUGUGCCUACGACACCGAGCUGGCAAAAGUAAGACCCUUUGACAAGAGUGUCAGCCGAAAGUCGGUCACGGACCUGGCGGUGAGCUUUUUCACCUAUACGGCGGAAAAGUUUCAAGAUUGGGAAGACCGACUGGUCCCAGGAGGAGAUCUGAUACCGGACCACACGCUUGUCGGCGCAAUUGACCACGAGGGCAAGCGAUGCAGCAUGUUCAUUCCCGGGACGGCUGUUAUAUGCCUCCCGCAAAAGUUCUCCGGUCUCGUCGUCCAGGAUCCCUUCGUUCUGGACCGCAACCUGACCUGGUUGUGUACCGGAUGGCGGUUCAUGAACACCAGCAAGGCCUUUCAACGAGCCCAAACUACCGUCUCAUGCAGCCACACGGGAGCCGAUACCCACCAGGAACUGAUUGAGGCGCUAAUUGAACAGGCCGAAAUUGAGGAGGAGAUGCAGUACGAAUUUGAGACUGGUCAGCCUGGAUAUGCGUCCAACCUCAGGAUCUAUGAUGCGUGGGAUGACUUUGGCGAUUCGGUCACCAGCCCUCGACAGCUUCGGGAUAUAGCUGAAAAGAUGAUUGUGGGCAGCAUCCAGGAUCCUCACUUCUGA